CCGCAGCCUUCGGAGCGCUGGGUCCGGCCGAGGCAGCCGCUCCGAGCUAUCGGGGGAGGCGCGGAGCAAGGGCCGGCGGGCGGCGAGCGGGGCUGGGAGCGCGAGCGGGAGCGGCCGAGGAGCCGGCAGUAGCUGCGCGGCGGGCCCGGACCAACGCGGCCGAAGCUCCUGGAAAGUUGGGCGCGCGCUCGCGCCACUGCGCCGGCGGCCCGAGCGAUGAAGAUGGUGGCCCCCUGGACGCGGUUCUACUCCAACAGCUGCUGCCUGUGCUGCCAUGUCCGCACCGGCACCAUCCUGCUCGGCGUCUGGUACCUGAUCAUCAAUGCCGUGGUACUGCUGAUUCUGUUGAGUGCCCUGGCCGAUCCAGAUCAGUAUCACUUUUCAAGUUCUGAACUCGGGGGUGACUUUGAGUUCAUGGAUGAUGCCAACAUGUGCAUUGCUAUCGCAAUUUCUCUUCUCAUGAUCCUGAUCUGUGCAAUGGCUACUUACGGAGCAUACAAGCAACACGCAGCCUGGAUCAUCCCAUUCUUCUGUUACCAGAUCUUUGAUUUUGCCCUGAACACCUUGGUUGCAGUCACUGUGCUUGUUUAUCCAAACUCCAUCCAGGAAUACAUACGACAGCUGCCUCCUGAUUUUCCUUACAAAGAUGAUAUCAUGUCAGUGAAUCCUACCUGUUUGGUCCUUAUUAUUCUUCUGUUUAUCAGCAUUAUCUUGACUUUUAAGGGUUACUUGAUUAGCUGUGUUUGGAACUGCUACCGAUACAUCAAUGGCAGGAACUCCUCUGACGUCCUGGUUUAUGUUACCGGCAAUGACACUACGGUGCUCUUACCCCCGUACGAUGAUGCCACUGUGAAUGGCGCCACCAAGGAGCCGCCACCACCUUACGUGUCUGCCUAA